UCCGCUGCUGACCGAGCGAGAAGUUUCUGAAACCUGAGCUGAGAGCUCCGUUUUUCUCGAUCGAGUUGCGCAGUCGCUUUUGACAGGUCGCGCAGUGUACUCGCGCGUGGUGCUUUUUGGUGUCUGGUUCGUGUGCGCUCGGUCGCUCGGUACUGCCGAUAUUCUGUGGAUGCUGUGGAGUGGAGUGUUUCUUGUGCUUGACUUGUUGUGUGAGAUGAUGGAUCUUUUUCGGGGGGCAAGUGACGGUUGUGAAAUGUGAGAUCGUGUACUUUCCUUGGUUCUCGAGCAGUAAAGAAAAAAGAUGCUCCGCAAAAGAAGGAUAAUUUUUGCGCAAUUGGAGGUGUUUUUGUUCAAUUUUUGAAGCCCUGGAAUGUGGCGAGGUCGCCGAAUGUCUUUGGUGUCCUUUGGUAUGCUUCCUGAGGGCCUCGCGCGGUAAUAAUGGUUGUUCAUUUGAAAAGUUUAUCUUUUUCUCUUGCAUUUUGUUGCCGAUGGUAACGGUGCUGAGUGAAGCGGAGAAUGUUUUGAAUGCUUAAGAAAUGAGAUCAUAAAACAGUGGAACGAGUGUUGUUUUGUGUUAACGGCCUUUCGGUGGGCAAGGAAAAUUCUUCGGUGAUGCUCAAUGAUGAUAACGAUAAUGGUGACAAAAGAGAAUAACAAUAAAAUUUAUUUCUUCAAAGAUAAGGCCAAGACGAGAUAGUCAACCUCGAAGGUUUUUGUACUUGGGCGACGCUGAUCGAGGAAUUUGAAUGUUUCGCAGGGGGUUAACAGGGGAGAAAAAAACCGGCUUCAGCUAAAGUGCAACAAAGUAGCUCAUAAUUAGCGAAGAAACAUAACACGCUAUCUUCACGAAAGGAAGUCAAGAAAAUGAUGAAUGAACUAAUUAUUUGAAUUUAUCUUCGAUUAAGUGGUGCUAAUUUUUGUUUGAGAACUUGAAUCGACGAGGUUCAUUACUUGUUUGCUCGUUGAAGUCUCUAUGCAGCUUUUAAGAUUGAAACUUUUGCUGCAUUUGAAUCACGCUUUUGCAGUCAAAGGGUGAAGCUACAAUAGAAUUCCAACCGGGAAAUAGACUUCAACGCUACACGAUUAACGAACCCAGCGUGAAACCGACAAAUACAAUACAGUGCUUUUAAACUAUACACCCCGUAGUGAAGAACUUGGGCAAAGGGUACAUUUUUUAGUGGUCCCAAACUCACAAGCCAGAGCUAAUCGAAGGAGCGCCCUCUUCAGAACCUGUAGCGAUUAUGUGCUAAAUGUGUUUGUGAACGGUUUUAAACGGUCCAGUGUUUCUAUUUUUUUACCACCCGGUAUAUCUACAUGGAGACAAUCUUCCAGCUCAAUCUUUUCUAAAGUCAGCCUCAGUCAGAUUGCAGAAUAUAGGUGUAAAGCUACACAGCCACGCAAAGAAGUCACUUCCCAUGGCCUAAGCUGUAGAACUGCUCCAUCGAUCGUGGCAGCAAUGCCAGUGGAAAUUCCAUAACCCAGCAGCAGCAGCACUGAACAAUAAAGACUUAUUCGGACAGUAGUGAAUGUGUAGGACCGUUUUUUUCUUCGUUUCUACAUCAAAUUCAACCACGUAUGGUUGCAUCAUAUGUUUGAGGUGCGGAUUCUAAGCGAGAAGAUAGAAAAAAAAACUUUUCCAAUACGAAUCACCAAACCUAUUCGUGCGUAGUGUAAGGUGGAAAAGAAAAAAAAAUCCCAAAGUUUUAGGAGUGUAAUUUUCUGUGCGCUGGACACCUAAAGAAAAGUUCCACAAGUGCCAACCCAAGACCCAACAUAUCCCGAGCGAGAGUGCUGAAAGAACAACUCAGCAGCAACAAAAAAAACACCAUAAACAAGAAGUCUCGAUAGAGAAGACGUCGAAGAAGUAGAAGAAGAAAGGUGAACCGUUCCGUGGCUGCCGCGAGUUUAUGUGCCUGUGUUUGGGUGUCUGUUUGUGUGUGGAUCGAGAAGUGUCUGUCCAAACGGUGAAGUGAUCUGUGAGUUGAGUUGAGUUGAGAAGCACAAGGAAGGGAAGAACCCCGAUACUUCGCACGCAGGAAGAGUUGGUGGAAAGGAAGAAUCGAAGAGGCGACGCAAAGCGCAAAAGGAAUUCGGUUGUAACGCAGUGGGAAACCUGAUUUUUUGCCGUUUGGCUGCUGCGCCUUUGGAGUUUAGGCUAGUGGCCAACUGGUCCCAAGUCGCGCCGUGCCGUGGCAAGUUGCCUAGAGUGAGCGAGAACGCACGCUCCUCCUUAGAGCGGGAGAGAAAUCGAAGAAGCAGUGAUAUCGCAGAAGAAAAAACUCUUGGGAUUUGUUUGGACCCUUAGUGGACUUUUCGGGGACCUCGGGGAGGCCGAGACGAAACGUGGAACCACGAGUGAGAUUUCCACUAUCGCUGACAAGGAUUUCGCGUUCCGUUAUUGGAUUCCCAUCCAUUGGCGUGAAGAUCCUCUGCUAACCAAAGACUAGAGCUAGACUGACCUCUCGUGUGGUUUAGUGUUACUCGUUAAACUUGUACCAAAUGAUGCCCAACACCACCAGCAACAACAAUAAAAACAACAGCAAUAGUAUUUAUACAGCCCGGUGAUGUUGGUAGAGAAACCUUUAACUAAAAAUGGUGGCUCCACUGUGAGUCACAGCAGUGGCAGUGGCACCGGGAACAGCCUCCAAGCCCUCCAUGGCAGCCAAUCGGGGUCCGGCGGAGGAUCGUCGUCCUCGAUGGGCGGCGGAAGUGCCGGCAGCAAUAAUGGUCAGACCGGAAGUCAGCAGCAGCACCAUUGGUCCUCGCUGUCGGCCUCGACGACCAAUUCGUCCACCAUCAGCAGCAGUUGCAGUGGGGGAAGCAGUGGAGCGGUAACUUCCUCGAGUUCGAGCUCGGCAGCCGGACGGCACAGCUGGGACCCUGGCCGAUUGGGGGUCGAACAUUUGGCCGGAGCGCUCAGCCCGCUCUGCAUCACCGAUGCCAGUCACGAGAUCGUUCGACCCAAACCUAGACGGCCAUCGGGAACGGUCAACAACGGACAUGUUAACUCACCGUCCAACCUGAAUUCACCGAACGCAAACGGUAACCUCCAGAACGGAUCCAAUGGGUUAUCGCCCGGCAAUCAUUACAUCGCGUCAUCAAAUCCUGUCACUUCUGGACCCCGGAUACAAAGCCCGGCCGUGGCUACUCCAGCUCCACGCAUUUCCAAGGAUAUUGCGGUGCGCCCGGUAAACGGAAACAAUCAUGAUCCCCGAAAUUAUAACCUCUCUCCGGUGCAAAGUCUACAACAAUGCAGCGAUACUACUACCAGCUCCAGUACCGGUAGCAAUAACAACUUAUCUUACAACACAUCGGCAAUGAUACCUGAACGGGACAUUGGGCCCAACAAACUGGGCAAUGUUAGCCACAAACAGUUGCAAUCACCCUACAAUGGAACUCAAAAUAUAUCUAAUGUACACCAGCCAACCCACCAAUCGACUCCGCAGCAACACCAAGGCCCCCAUCGAUCUGUUGCGGGUCCAACGAAACUAACUGUCCAAAGUUCACCAGUUAAAUCUCAACCCCCGAUGCUCAGCGCUGGGCUAGACAAAGCUAGUCUCAGCAACAAUAUGAAUAGCAACAAUCAGAAGCGCGUCACUUCCGGUGGGCUUUCAAACGGCAACAGCAAUCAUCUGCUCAACUCAUCGACUUCAUCUACCGAACCACUGAACACCACCAGUAACAGCUCCAGCAACGCCAGCAGCGUGAGCCACCUCAAACAACACUUCUCGCAGAAUCACCAUGCGAUACAAUCCUACCACCAUCAACAGUCCCAGCAAAACUCACUCGGUGGCCCACCUCAGAAAAGCUUAGGCAUAACGCGUACCCACCACCAUACCGGAACGCACGACUUCCGUGGACUGCAACGGGUCAACGAGUGUCACAGCUCAUCCGAUGAAAACCGUUCAUCGGGACAUGCUUCCAUGUCCGAUACAGGACACGGUAGUAGUUCUCCUGGAGGUAAUCGAGUUAACGGUCCCCUGGGACCACUUCCCGAGGAUCGUUUAGCUGCCGGAGUGACGAAUCGCAGUGCACGUUCUCGUGCCAGUACCAAUCAUUCACGCUCUCGGCAUCGUGCUACGCCAGCAAAAAUCCAAUGCGGUGGUGGAGGUCUUGAGGACAUCAAGCUUGCCAUCCAACAGCUAACAAUGCGCUCACACACCAGUACCUCAACCUAUAGUAGUUUAAGUGCCGGAUCGGAAAGCUCUGAACCGGAACGCCGCCUAGGUCGUUACAGUUCGCUGGAAACAGUCAACACGAAUGUAACGAGCGCCGAUGAGUUUGUAUGGGUGGACUCGCACAAUCGACUGGUUGAGCUACAGCACCCUCCUUGGAGUCAGCACUGCGUUUUGAGGGUGUUGAGAUCCGGACGCUGCCGGGAGCAUUCGGAACGAGUUUCGGUGGAAGCUGUUCCUCGUAUAGGUUACUUAUUGCAACGAGCACUAGUCCGAGUAGCUCGAGAAGUUCAACGAUUAUCAGGUAAUCUAGGGCUAUGCUCGAAGCAUGAAGUUGCAGGAGCAUUCAAGAUAGUUCUGUCGCCAGCUUUGGCAGAUUCGUGUAUCAAGGCUUGCUUACGAGCUGCAGCCAUGUUUGCCGUUCCUGGUGAUAGUGCCUUGAAACAAAGUAAAUCUGCGCGUGCUGGACUCCAACUUCCUGUGGGAAGAUUCCACCGAUGGAUGGCUGAUGCACGGCUAGGAAGAUUCGUACACGAAUACGCUGCGGUCUAUCUUUGUGCUGGCUUGGAAAACCUACUCGAAGAAAUAUUUUUGCAAUGCCUCUCAGCAGAUCCGACAUCUUCGUUAACUGCUAGUGGCCUAGAACACGCAAUAGCUGGUUCUGGAGAUCUUUGGGGUUUACUACAACCCUACGCACACCUUAAUGCAGGUCGUGUAGCUUCCGGUGCUCUUACCAUGCCACGCUGGGCUAGUCAAUCGUCGAUAAAUUCCAACUCACAAAGUCCUGCUCUUGAGCCGUGUCUUCUGACAACCUGCGUUGGAAGCUUAAACGAGCUCAAAGACCUGGUAAACCGUUCGCAGCAGAGAAGUCAGCACAUCACCAUGUCCCAGUCGGCACUACGGGUUCUGUUCUACUUUAUGCGUUGCUCACAGCUUGAACACAACGACAUAGGCAUUGCAACCAACGGAGGCGGGACGAACAUUCAAGAACUUUGCUACGAGCGAGCAUACGUCGUGCUACCGCCAUUGGUCGAGUGGCUACGAGUAUCGUCAGCUCACGCCGAAUAUCGCCACGCUCUGCUGAUUGACGAGGACGACAUCAUGCAGGCAGCUCGAUUACUUCUGCCCGGGGUGGACUGUCCACCCCGAGCGAUCAUCGCCCAGGAAGAGUUACCAUCGAAAAAGAAUACUCUCUCGAACCAAAGCAUAGUUUCAUCGAACCACUCCGGCCAAACGCAGCUGAUGCACGGAUCGCUUUCGUCGAACUCGUCUGCCUCCACCACCACCAGUAGUAUUGAGGACUCCAGCGAAUGCGGAAAGCGUGCAACGUAUGCCUUAGCAUUCCGGCUUAUGCUCACGGGUCGGGCUGAGCUGCUCAUCCAGGCACUGUCAUUGGUCCCACCGACGACCCGAUACGAUACCCUGAACCAUCAGGGUAUGACGGCGCUGAUGGUUGCUGCCGUUCGCAACGAUGAAGCUGCCAUCCAAACGCUGCUGGACGCUGGUGCCGAUCCGAACAUGGAGGUCCCUUCCGUUGGUCAUCCAAAUGGGGCGGCCAUUCAUCCGGAAACUCAACACUGGACGGCAGUUACUUUUGCAGCUUGUAAAGGUAACUACCAAGCCCUGCGGGUACUUCUGGAACGAGGAGCUCAUGUUGAAGGAGGUGCUCGAUUGAGCGAGGACAAAUGUACCCUCACGCCGCUUCAAGUGGCCAGCGGCUGUGGCGUCGUUGAAGUUGUUUCCCUCCUGUUGGCACACGGUGCUCAUGCUUUCCUGUCCACACAGCUAAAGGACUCGUUGUGUUUCUCUGGAAGUGCUCAGCGAGGUUGUUACAGCGCAAUUUCUGUGGCUGCAGCCCAUGGUCAAAGGGUCGCCCUCAGGAAGCUUCUAUCACAUCCUCUGGCACCGGGUAGUCGCGAGGUACUAUCGUUGGAAGAGAUGUUGGCCGAGGGAGAUAGCACGAGCCGAAGCCAGCUGGAUCGACAGCCGGAAGUUCCACCAACGCUCAACAAAACUCAAAUCAAAAGUCUUCAAGAGGCCAUGUAUCAUAGUGCGGAAAACAACCAUUUAGAUAUUACAAUUGAGCUGCGCGCCUUGGGAGUUCCCUGGACACUGCACUGUUGGAUGCAUGCGUUAGCUGCCGCCCAUGAGCUUCGGUUAGAUGCUGUUAUAGAUCAGCUGCUGCAAGAUUUUCUCCAAGUUUGUCCGGACGACUACAGCCAGCAGUUUGUGACCGAAUGCCUACCGCUGUUGUUCAACAUCUUCCGCUUCAGCAAGAAGGAGGGUACCACGCUACUGCUUGCGGAUAUCUUCAGCACCUGCUUUGGGUGGGAGCCGAUUAAACCUAUCAAGGAACCGGUGCUUCAACCCUCCAAUGGAUCCCGAAUCGAUCCCAAGUUCGUCAAUAACCCGGAACUUAGCGAUGUGACAUUUAGGGUUGAAAAUCGCAUUUUCUAUGGACACAAGAUUGUGCUGGUAACAGCCUCACCGCGUCUACAGAGUAUGCUGAGUUCCAAGCUGAACGAGGGUACCGGAACACCUACGGUCCAGAUCAACGACAUCCGUUACCACAUAUUUGAGUUGGUGAUGCAAUUCUUGUAUAGUGGAGGAUGUAACUCACUGGACGUGAUCGCCGAUGAUGUGUUGGAACUGAUGGCCGCGGCUAGUUUCUUCCAGCUGGAAGGUCUGCUACGCUACACCGAGGCACGCUGCGCCGAAAUGAUCGAUAUCGAUAACGUGGUCGCGAUGUACAUUCACGCCAAGGUUUACAACGCCCAGAAGCUAAUGGAGUACUGCCAGGGAUUCCUGCUGCAGAACAUGGUGGCCCUGUUGACGUACGACGAUUCCGUUAAGCGAUUGUUGUUUGCCAAAAAGAUUCCGAACCACGAUGUGCUGAAUGGGCUGCUGGCCACACUGCAAAUGCGCAUCAAAGCCAGACGGAACAGUGUGGCCGUUGGCGGAAAUCCAGCGCCAGCUAUCAGUGGAAUGCGUCCUGCUUCCAGUAACAACAACAAGGCGAAAUAGUUAUAGACACCAGUUUUGUGUAAUAUGUAUUGCAAAGUGCUUAAUUUUUUGUACAUGUACAACACAAUUGAUAAGCCAUUCGUAAUGUACUUAUGUUAAACAAUAUUUAUAAACCGAAAAAAAGAAUUGUAUAUUUUUGUUAUUCUGAAGUUUUAGCGUUAGGUAAUUUUUGCGACAUACAAGGCAACUCAGGCAGAGUUGCUUCAUUUUAGCGACUUGUACGGACAUUUUAACUGCUGUAAAAUGGUUUUAGUUUUCAAUUCAUAUGUAUCACAAUCUAAAUAUACGUUCUUAUCCACA